GUUGAUAAAAAAAAAUCAGAGGAUGCAGUGUUUAGCAUCUGUGCUAGCUUGCGUCUGCUCAUCUGGCUGGCUGGCUGUCUCGGUCGUGGGAACGACUGAAAUUACAUCGCUCUCAGGGUGGGUUAUUUUGAGCCGCGGCAAAAGUGGCAGGGGGCAGGCUGCAGGUUCGCUGGUCCCUUCAGAGACGGACUCCCCCCUUAGCCAGCAAGUGCCACCAGACGAAUUGUUGGACUAUUCAGCCACGCGCUGCCUUGCUCUGUGUGUGCCGAGAUCAGAGGAGAACUGUUACAAUGCUGUGCGCUACGUCCCCAGAUCUAGAACCGGAUGAUAACACCUCAUUUUACAUCUUAAAUUUGGGCCAGGCUCCUUCAGUGGUCAGCCAAUCACACAGUCUUCAACGGCAUGGAGGUCCACCCCCAGCCCAACUCAUUUCCACCUCUCCCUCCCUGCAGGCCCACCACAAGGCCUACGAGCCCAGCUACCAGCCUCAGGACUCUAAAUACACACCCACAGGGGUGGGGGGAGGAGGGAGCGGCCCACCUAAAGCCUUUGAAUGUCCCAGCAUCCAGAUAACCUCCAUCUCUCCAAGCUGCCAGCAGGAAAUGGAAACCAGUGAGGAAGAGAUGAGAGCGAAGGGUCCGGACAGAGACUACCAUGACAGACCCCUGUCUCGCAGUCACCUGUACCUGCCUCUGGAUCACUCAUACCGGGAUUCGUCCCUGAGCCCGAGUCCGUGCAGCAGCCUAUCCUCUCGUAGCUGGUUCUCCGACGCGUCAUCGUGCGAGUCCAUCUCUCAUGUGUACGAUGACGUGGAAUCUGAGCUGAACGAAGCAGCGGCCCGAUUUACCCUUGGGUCGCCACUCACCUCGCCAGGCUGUUCUCCGCAGGCCGGACCGCAGGAGGACGUAUGGCAACAGCAGCAGCAUCAUCACCCCGCCUUUACACACUCCCUUUCUCAUUCACACGCCCAUUCGCUCUCUCCCCGACAAUCACCCUGCCACUCACCCCGUACGAGCAUCACAGAUGAAAACUGGCUGAGCCCUCGCUCACCCUCUCGUCCCUCUUCGCGCCCGACCUCACCCUGUGGAAAAAGACGCCAUUCCAGUGCUGACAUAUGCUACCUGGGCUCUUUAUCACCCCAUCACUCCCCAACUGCAACACCCGGUCCCUCACCCAGGGGCAGCGUGACCGAAGACACCUGGAUAGGAAGCCCGUCGAUGGGUAUGUCACCUUUCCAGUGUUGUCCCUCCGAGGCCGACAUACCCUCCAAAACAAGGAAGACCUCCCAGGACUGUACAGCAGCAAUCCAGCCAGCGAAGGGUGACCUUGGCAUGGAUGAUCCUGGGAAUGUAUCUCCCUUACUAGACUCUCCUGUUGAGGAUGGCAUGCACGGAUUAAAGAAGGACGGACCUGGAGAACAGUUUCUCUCUGUCCCAUCACACUUCACAUGGAACAAACCCAAACCAGGACACACACCCAUUUUCAGGGCGUCAUCUCUGCCUCCUCUGGACUGGCCCUUGCCAAAUCAGUAUGGACAGUACGAGCUGAAGAUCGAAGUUCACCCAAAAGCUCAUCACAGAGCCCAUUAUGAGACAGAAGGUAGCCGAGGGGCCAUAAAAGCCACUUCAGGUGGACACCCUAUUGUCAAGCUCACUGGCUACAAUGAGAAGCCUGUAAAUCUACAGAUGUUCAUCGGGACGGCGGAUGAUCGCUAUUUGAGGCCGCACGCUUUCUACCAAGUUCAUCGCAUCACAGGAAAAACAGUCGCUACGGCAAGCCAGGAAAUUAUCAUCUCCUGCACGAAGGUUCUGGAGAUUCCCCUCCUUCCUGAAAACAGCAUGUCUGCCAGUAUUGAUUGUGCUGGAAUCCUGAAGUUGAGGAACUCCGACAUCGAGCUGAGGAAAGGAGAGACAGACAUUGGACGGAAAAACACUCGGGUCCGCGUGGUCUUUCGGGUUCAUAUCCCACAACCCAACGGAAAAGUCAUCUCGCUGCAGGCUGCUUCAAUUCCAGUGGAGUGCUCUCAGCGCUCAGCACAGGAGUUACCUCAGGUUGAAAAGGCCAGUAUUAGCAGCUGUACAGUGAGUGGAGGAGAGGAAAUGGUCAUCACUGGCUCCAACUUUUUCCCAGAGUCAAAGGUCAUCUUUCUGGAGAAAGGUCUUGAUGGACGACCACAGUGGGAGGUUGAGGCGAAGGUCAUCCGAGAGAAGAGUCAAGGAUCGAACAUCGUGGUAGAGGCGCCUCCAUAUCACAGCAAGACGGUCAGUGCAGCCGUGCAGGUGCAGUUUUAUGUGUGCAACGGCAAACGGAAAAGGAGCCAAUCGCAACGCUUCACCUAUCUACCAGUCUUGGUCAAGCAAGAACAUAGAGAUGAUCUGGACUCCCCAGCCGUGCCACCCAUGUCUAUGCCCCUGGUCCAUGCUGCCAGUUUGGUUUGCGCUCAGCCGCUGUCCUCACCAGAGCACUCCCACCCACCAGACAGCCUUCUGUCCAGCUCCCCACGUGGGCUGGCUCCAGGCCUGCACCCGCUCCAGGCCCCCUGCGCCCCAAUGGGCUCUCCCACUCUACCCCACCUGCCCCAUCUUCAGGCUCAAGGGCUGAAUGCCCCUCCUGAAUGCCAGAUGCCCUUCCACCCAGGCCCUGCUGCCACUGCCAGAUCUUCAUACACACCUCUACAGCACAACAUGCCCUUCAAUGGCCAGCACAGUCUUCCUAUGACUGCAGGCUCCCCACAGGCCUAUGAGCGGAUGCCUUUUCAGCCUGACGGGUGUCACGCCCUGGGUUUGGGGAUGGUGUACGGCCCAUCUUCUUCAGCACCCACCUCUGGAAUGGCAGCGGGCCCGGCCUCUAGCCCCGGCCAUGCGAGUAGCGGCCAGCUCAUGGGACACUCUGCCCCGCAUCUGCACUCUCUAGGUUAUCACUGCCCCACUCCAGGGCAGGUUCCCUCACCCACUCACACACUGGGACAGCCAGCACCGCAACUCCAGCAUCCACUGGUGUACCAUCCGGCAGGACAGCGGUCUGCUUCCUGCCCAACGCCAUCCAGCGCUCCUGUCCAUAUGGUGCCAUCCCCACACUCUGGGCCCUCCUCACCCCAGCUCCAUUCGCUUCCCUAUCAUUCACCCACCUCACCUUCUCCAACAUCCAACAGCCCCUUGGGGCCUUUACCGCUUUCUGGACAGCCUUCCCCCCAGGCUAGCAGCCCUGUCCUGGCUGGGUUGUCCCCAACGGGGUCUUUGGUGAACCCACUUACCCAACAGGGAGAGAGGUUGAGCAUCAAACAGGAGCCAGAGGAUAAAGAGCCCACCUUCCGUACCAUCGGCUUGCAGGACAUUACACUUGAUGAUGUGAAUGAGAUCAUAGGCAGAGACAUGUCUCAGACCCCCGGAGCUCACGGAGGCGCCCCGGCUGCACACAGUCAGUCCUAGCCAAAAUCAGACGAUCCUCGGAGGACCGAGCGACAGGCUUACCCCCCCAACCUCCUGCCUAAAGUCCAGAAAUCACCAGUGUGGAUCCAGAAGCAAACAGAACCCUGCUUCAUAAAGAUUCAUCAUCCUCACACACAAGUAAAGCUGGAGAAGAUGACAACAGAGUUGGGCCGUAUAUGCAUGCACACAUAAUAACAAAAUCAGGUGUCAUGCAUAUUUCCGCACGCGGUUAUGUAAGAGAGAGAACUUGGAUUGAAGUUGUCAGGCGCACAAGGUUCUCCUGGAAAUUAAAACGAUAAUUCAGGGCUCUCUGACAGCAUAAUAUAUUAUUUGUAGCUUGCGGAUAAACCCUUAUAUUGGCUAGCUAUGCAGUGCCCUCAUCCCUGAACAGAAUAUGCAAUUCUGCAGUCACUUUUGUUCGAGAUGCCCAGCGCAAUGUCUCACAUUCUCCCAGUGCUGCCCCCUAGUGGACGGACCUUUGGGUGCUCCACUGAGUCUGUAGUAAUAUGCAACAUUCCACGUGUCUAGUGACCUUUCUGAACUGUAGAUAAUCUGUUUAAUGAUUGACCCAUUUCCUCUUCAGGUUGAACAAAAAUGCCUUAUGUGCUAGCUAGUGAUUGUGAUAAAGCUUUCCGCUGAGAACUUACAUUAGAUAUCUGUUUUCGACAAGGACACUGUUGAAUUCAGUUUUGUGUAUUUUAUACUUAGAAGUAGCAGACCUUGUGUUCUUGAGUGCUGUGAAUUUGUGUUUGUCAAAUAUUUCACAGUGCUGUGCUUUCCAGUUAAAGGAAUUGUUCUCAUAGUCUAAAGACAAAAUAGAUGUACAGAUGCGCAUGGGUAGAUGAACUCGGAGAGAUGACUGAAAACUGAUACGUCCAUUGAACUAAAUGAUAUGUUGAUACUAUGCUAAGACUCGCUAUGUGCCUUUGAUUAGACAAACAGUUAUGCAUGAACAUAUGCAUUGGACAACUUAACAUUGCAAGGUGAAAGUCUUGAAAAUAACUUUUUUGUUUAUUUGUUUUUGCAUUCUGACAAUCAGCGAGUAGACUUUAGGUAUUUUCCAAUAUUGAUGUCCUUUCCUCUAAUCAAAACCAAACCCAUCAAAUCUUCUUAGACUUUCAUUUGGAUCUUUUUGUUCAUAAUCUGGAAGAUAUUUGUUCACAAAAACCCAGUUUUUGACAUUUCCUCUGGUCCUGACACAGGGGAAUAGACGCUGCAAAAGCAGAUGCUGUCUCUUUAUAUGUAUUUAGCAAAUUGAUGAAUUUUUACUCCUUGCCUUGAAUUUUUGGAUUUAAAAUUUGUGUGAAUAUUUUUCUAAUUCUCGAAAAACAGGCGCAGUCAAAAAGUUUUUUUUUUUUUAAUUUUUCAAGACUUGCAGCUGUUACAAUGACUGUUAUGUCAAGUUUGAUGCUAUGCACUAUAAACCUGCCUUUUGCCUUUAAGAAAAAAGUACAAAAAAAGACAACCUUGAUGCCUCUAGACUAGAUGCUGUAGAGAUGCUUAGUAGUAUUUUAGUGUUGUGUGAGUCUGUGUAUGCACAGAGCAAGCAUCUUAAUGUUUUGUGCGUAUGUGCUUAUGUCAGGUUAUAUUCAAUGAAUUGUAGAUAUUUUGUAUCUUUCAAAAACCUCCUUGAAUCUGAAUGGUAAACAAGCACAUUGAUA